AUGGCUAGCCAAUCCCAGGGUAUCCAUCAACUCCUUCAGGCAGAGAAAAGAGCAAAGGACAAACUUGAAGAAGCCAAAAAAAGGAAAAAUAAACGCUUAAGGCAAGCUAAAGAAGAGGCAAUAGCAGAGAUUGACCAGUACAAGCUUAAGAGAGAGAGUGACUUUCGGCGUAUCCAGACCUCUAUAAUGGGAUCACAGGGUAACCUUGCAGUGAAGAUUGAUGAACAAACCGUAGAGAAGAUGCAGGUGUACAAUUCCAACUUCCAGACAUAUAAGGAGAAAGUGUUACAGGAACUCUUGGAACUAGCGUAUGAUGUUAAACCAGAACUUCAUGUGAAUUUUAAGUACACUUUGUAAAUAUUGUACUUUCCUGGUCAUCAAUGUCUACAGCAAUGAGGCCGUCUACCUACCAUGUGUUUAACAGCAAUUAUUUCAUUUCAGUCACUGAAAAGUAAACCAUAUCACAUUGGACUAAAACUGUAUUUUGCCUUGACUACCAGUGACGUGCAGUCAGGGAAGACAGAGCAUCACCAGUCAUAUUCCAAGAGUUUUAACUAUAAAAAUUAUAAUUCCAACCAUUUUUAUAGUCAAAGCUCACUGUAUUUGCGGUGCUCCAUGCAUACACAGGGAUAAUGAGAGGUGAGUCAGUGAUAAGCUGAGACUCCCCUAAUAGUCAGAAACUGGAAAGUGGAAGCAGGGCCAUGCCGCAGACAAUGUAGUGAAAAAGGGUCACGGGAGGCAACUGUCAAAGCUGCCUCAUUGAGGGGGUGGGCAUGUCAGCUAGAGAACUGGAGGGAGGCCCUCUUCUUCUCACUAAAGGGGCAGAUGUACUAAGCCUUGGAGAGUGAUAAAGUGGAGAGAGAAACUACCAAUUAAUCAGCGUCUAUCAUUUUUCAAACACAGCCUGUAACGUGGUAGUUAGGAGCUGAUUGGCUGGUAAUUUAUCUUUCUCCACUUUAUUACUCUCCAAUGCUUAGUACAUCUCCUCCUAAUGCUGGUUGCUGGUAGGGUCAGACUGGCCUACAGGGGUACAUGGAAAACACCAGAUGGGCUCUACUGCUUGAGGGCCCUACUCCCCCUCUAGAGAUCAGGUUCUACCCUGUGCACUAAUUAUACACUAUACAUAUGUUUCCUUAUACUGCACAGGACAAUAGUGUAUUUUCUACAGUGCAUUGCUGUUAUGGUACAUUAGCAUGCAUGCACUAGCAAUAUAUAUAUAUAUAUAUAUAUAUCUUUAUCAAGGAUCCAAGACCAUGCACUCUCUAAUAGCUAGCAAAACCCCUUUGGUGACUGGCCACACCCUCUCUAGAGACUGGACACACCCCUAAGCAUGGGCCACUACCGCUGCAUUCCACCGGUGGAUCCUAGUCUGACACUGGCUGCUGGAGUCUGAGUUCUGGGCACAAUACCAGUCUCCUCCCUCCAUAGGGACCCUCCCCUCCUGGCAGCCACCUCUUCUGGACACAUGACCAGAUGCCACCAGCAGCACUGCACGCGUGGAUUAGAGAUAUGGAGGCCGAAUUGAUGCUAAGGAGGCAUGCCUUUUACUGCAGCAGCAAAACCAGUCAGUGCUUCCAUCCCUUCGGCCUAGUGUCCCCCUCUCCCCAGCCCUCUCCCCCAUCUGCAUUGACCUUUCCCAUCCCAGUGUCUCCCCCUUCUCCAACCCAGUGUCCCCCACUUUCUCACUGACCCCCCCUCCCACUCCAGUGUCUUCCCCAUUCCAUUCCUCAACCAGACCAUUGGCUCAUCUCGCUGCAUGUGCCCCUAUCCUCACCUAGACCCAGGCCAGUCACAUGGUCCCCCCAUGCUGCCAAAUGCCCCCCCCCCCUUCCCCAGCCUAGUGUACCGCCUCCUACCCCAUCUAACUGCCCCUCCAUCCCAUCCAGCCCAGUGCAUCUCCCAUCCAGCUCAGUACCCCCCCCCCCCCCAUAUAUCGCCACACCCUUCUCAAGUGCCUCCACAGCAAAUGACCUCACCGCAUGUCUCUGGCAACUAUCCAUAGGAAUACUAAAUGAAAUAUCCACAGACAUUUUCCUGUUUACACAUCAUGUUUUUUUAUUCUAAAACCUUUAAGUAAUAAAAGCUGAGAGUCGCUGGUACUGUAUGAAUGUUAGAAAUUUUUACUCCAUGCUGAUGUUUGAGUGAAAUUAAUUUACUGCCUGUUGCAUAAAGUUUAUCCAUUUACUAUGAAUAGCAGUAUUGGCCAACCUGUGACUCUCUAGGUGCUGUGAAACUAAAAGAACACACAUACCCUGCUAGGCGUCAGAUAUUAGCUAUCUGGCAGUGCAUGCUCUGACGAGUUUCACAACACUCUGUCCAGGCCUGAUGAAUUACAGUGAUGAGAUGAGCUAAGAGAUAACUGUUCUCCAUGAAAAGUAAAUACAAUUAGGGGACAAAUUCUACUUUUCAUUUUCUCUAAAAUGUACGCUCUGCUUUCCCAAAAAAUAAAGCUUUUUCCAUAUAAAAGCAUUACG